AUGACUGACCCCAAACCGCUGGAUUUUUCUACAUUCCACAAUGUGAUCAAUAAUGAGUUGACUACGACAUUGGAAACCCGGCAUGGGAUCAACCCUGCCAACACUCAGCCUAAUCCACCCGUACCCGUUUCCACCCAGGAUGAUCUUGACAAGGCCGUGAAGGCGGCUCGGGAUGCAUUCAAGGGCUGGGCCAAGACCUCUUUUGAAGAGCGACGUAAAGCUCUGCAUGCCUGGGCUGAUGCCAUCGAGGCUAAUGUCGACGGAUUCGCACAAACGCUCACGAUGGAACAAGGAAAGCCAUUGACUCAAUCAUCUAUGGAAGUGGGUAUGGCAACUACGUGGAUUCGCGGCCUCGCUUCCAUUGAGAUUCCCGACACUGUCAUCGAGGAAACCCAAGAUAGGAAGAUUAUUCAACGUCACAAACCCAUCGGCGUGGUGGGCGCCAUUGUUCCCUGGAACUUCCCUGUCCUUUUGGCCGUCGGAAAAAUAGUCUCUGCUGUAUACACCGGAAACACCAUUAUUGUGAAGCCAUCUCCUUUCACACCUUAUUGCGACCUGAAGCUGGUCGAGCUUGCCGUUGACUUCUUCCCUCCUGGCGUGGUUCAAUGUCUGAGCGGCGAUGAGUCCCUCGGCCCACUGUUCACUGCUCACCCUCAAAUUGAGAAGAUCAGCUUUACUGGAUCGAUUGCCACUGGAAAGCGGGUUAUGGCUGCAUGUGCUACCACUCUCAAGCGAGUUACACUCGAACUGGGUGGCAAUGACCCGGCGAUUAUCUGCGACGAUGUUGAUAUCGAUGCCGUUAUCCCCAAGAUUGGAACUCUUUCCUAUCUCUGCAGCUCGCAAAUCUGCAUGAUGAUCAAACGACUUUAUGUCCAUGAGAAGAUCUACGAUGAGUUCUUGGAAAAGUUAGUCGCGUUUGUCAAGACCCUCAAAGUCGGUCAAGGCACCGAGGCAGAUACCUUCUUCGGGCCUGUUCAAAAUGAGAUGCAAUACGAGAAAGCCAAAGACCUGUUCAGCAGCAUUGGUACUGAAAACCUGAAACCUGCGCUUGGAGGCACGAUCGAGAACUCUUCUGGGUAUUUCAUCCACCCGACCAUUAUUGACAAUCCCCCGGAGACAUCGCGUGUGGUACAGGAAGAGCCAUUUGCUCCCAUCCUCCCCGUUCUGAAAUGGUCUGACGAGGACGAUGUGCUUGAGCGUGCGAACGCUUUGGAGACCGGAUUGGGCUCUUCUGUCUGGAGUAAGGAUUUCGAACGCGCUACUCGCAUGGCAGAUCAACUCCAGUCGGGUUGUGUGUGGAUAAACAGCCACUUUGAUUUGGGGCCGAAUACUCCCUUUGGUGGCCACAAGCAGAGUGGCGUGGGUGUGGAAUGGGGUCUGGCUGGUCUACUUGGGUACUGCAAUUCGCAGACUCAGUGGCUGAAGAAGAGUUUCUAG